UGUCCUAAACCUGAGCUUCCUGCAGUGUCCUACUGUGGCCUCCCAGCUCAGACUAUUGGAGGUGUUUGAAGGAGUCAGCAGUAGAGAACUGGUGCAGAAACAUCUGAAGGACAAGGACCGGGCACUGGUGUCUUCCUUCACUCAGGAGUUACUGGAGGUCAAAACCAUCUUCAACAGCAAGGUGCGUGCCCCGCCCAUGCACACCAACCUACCCAGGACUGUCUCCAAGCUGCUCUGGAUCAAAGGGCUGCAGGCCAGGAUAACUGAGCCCAUGGAGAAGUUCCGCAGGGUCAGCCCCCACUCACUGGAGGGAGACGCAGGCUGGCAGAUGAGAGAUGCUUACAAAGAUGCCAUGAAGGAGUUUCAGAGAUGUGAGAAGCAGAUAGUGGAACAUUGGCAGAAGAGUGUGCAGUCUGAGCUGAGGGACAGACUCAAGCAGCCUCUACUGGUUGCAGAAAACUAUGACGAGGAUGAGGAUGUGAGACCACAGAUUGUCCAUGUGAACCUUGACCCUGAGCUGAUCCUCCUGUUGAGGGAGAUCCACUACUUCUCCCAGGCUCCCUACAACAUCAAAUUGCCUCAGCCUGCCAGGGCUCUCAUCAGGAACACAGAUGCAGCUACCCUGCGUGUGACAGCCGCCCGUCUGGAGACCAUUGUCUCCAAGUACAACGAGGUGAUGAGAAGCAUCAGUGAGGUGGAGAGGCCUCUGUUUGAGAGGAAGCUGGCCAAGAUUGAUGUGGUUUUUGAUGAGGGCCUACACAACUUUACCUGGAAGACCACAGAGAGCGCCGACUUUAUUGAGAUCGCUUCCUCCCUGGUGUGUAACGAUCUCCAUGGAAACCUGACCGUCGUGCAGACCAACUGUGAUGACAUCACCCUGCUGGCCGGCAGCUGGUCCCAGGGACAGCUGGACGUGUUUGCCGCUCGAGACGAGGAGAACAGCUACACUAUGGACGAGCUGGUGGACAUGCAGAAGAAGCUUGAUGAGGACCUGACCUCCAUCAUCGUGCCCUCUGGACACAGGAUCCACACCCUGCUGCAGGAGUCUUUUGAGGCAGUACAGAUCAGCAGGGCGUCCCCUGCGUGGGAGGCGUAUGUAGAGUUUGUGGACUCCAUCGUUCUGGAUGGACUGAAGAGAUCCACUGUCACCAGUCUGGAGACCAUGCACAACCAGCUGGUCAUGGCUAACAUCUCCCAGGAUCCGUACGUGCCGAUACUGACCAUUCGGCUGGAGCUGAUUGAGAAUGUGGUGUCGUUCAACCCCCCGCUGGACCAGAACUCGGCCAUGCUGAGUGUCCAGGAGCUGGUCACCAAGUGGCUGGAGUCUUUCCUGUCCAGGGGUGCUCUGGUGCAGAUGCUGGGCAGGGACUCAAGUAACGGGUAUGAGGACUACAUAGCUGUGGAUGAUGAUGUGAAGCAGCUGGUGCAACAGAUCCUACAGCUGGUGAGGGACAAUGCUGAGGAGUGCAAGAAACUGCUGGACCUAUUUAAGGACUACCACUUCCUGUGGAUGCAGCACGUCCAGCAGACCUUUGAUGACUUCCUGCACGGUAAACUCAGCCCCAACCCCCUCAGGUCCGCAGCCAGCUCACCCCAGGGGCUCCUCAGGCAGAUCGCUUCAGCCAAGUCCGAUGCAAGGUCUUCAGCUAGUGGAAGGUCUCGUGCAGACUCCAUUGGCAGCAUGCAGUCAGCAGGGGUCCUGGGAACGGCUGAACGUUCCUUCCUCACACCAAAGCAUGCCACAAGCAACAUGAACGUACCCUCUCUGGAUGACUUUGAUAAUGAAAUUGACAUCUACAGGGUUGCCAGGGACAACAUCCACACCCUGCAGGACCACCAGGAUGUGGGGUGGCUCCGGGUGGACAUCAAACCCAUCAAACAGGUGCUCAUCACACAUGCCAGCCGCUGGAUGUGGACCUUCACCAAGUACCUGACAGACCAGGUUACAGAGAUGCUGACAACUCUGGAUAAGUUCUUGAAGAGGAUUGAGCCAGACAUUGAGGGCAUCACAGGAGAGGAGAGGGACACUGCCUCCUUCAUGAGGAUGAUGAGACUCUUUAAUGAGGUGUCUGCCCAGCAGCAGGAGAUGGACGGGAAGUUCCAGGCCAUGCACCGCACGGUGCUGCUGCUAGAGAAGUACCAGAUGCAGCUGCCCGCAGCUACGGAGCGGCUGUUCAAGGCUGCACCUGGCAGGUGGAACAACCUGAAGACCAAGGUGUCCCUGGCCAAGCAGAGGCUGGGCCCCAGGAUACAGGAGGAGUCCAGGAGGAUCACUAAGGACCUGGCCAGGUUUGGUAUGCGGGUGGAUGAGCUGGUAUCUGACAUCUCCCAGUCGGAGGUCUACAUGCGGGAGUGUACGUUUGAGAACGCCUGGGAGAUCCUGGGGGACUUCAGACGCAGACUCGACCACCUGGAGAAUGAAGCACAGGACCUUAUUGAGCUGCAGGAGCUUCUGGAGACAGCAGUGGUUAAUUUCUCCCUCCUGCCACAAUGCCGUCAGGACCUGCGUAACCUGAAGCUGGUGUGGGAGACGUGGCGCGUGGUGUCGGAACAGCAGAACGACUGGCGGCUGCACCGCUGGCAGAAGAUUGACACCAAGUUCCUCCGCACGGCCACACAGGAGCAGCUGGCCCGCGUCAAGGGUCUGCCUGAGGACACGUUUGUGUGGGAUGUGUACAUGGGCAUGCAGGAGUCCAUAGUCAUCAUACAGGCCUGUCUGCCGCUGAUCGAUGACCUGCGUAACCCCGCCAUGCGGACCCGGCACUGGAAACAGCUGGUGAGGAUAACAGGAGGGGUUCUGCAGAUCGACAACGACAGUCUGAAGAAGAUGACUCUGGGCCAGCUGCUGGAGCUGGGGCUGCAGAGGCAUGUAGAUGAUGUACGUAACAUUGUCCAGCGGGCAGUGAAGGAAGUGACUAUUGAGAGCUCGCUGAAGACGUAUGAGGAGAUCUGGCUGAGUAAACUGUUUGAGCUGCUGCAGCACAUCAAGAGUAAGCCUACAACAACAGGACCAGCUCUCCUGGAUGAGGGAGCGAGUCAGUACUCGGGAAGCGAGGCCACGCACACGAUGACAGGAGAUGAUGCCACCAGGCCGUCCCGUCGGGCUCGUGCCACCAGCCGAACCUCCAACAACACGUCCAUCAGCCGCACGCGCAGGGGCAGCACCGCAUCGCUGCCCGCCAGCCUGGCUAACCUGGGAGAGGACUCUGGGCAGUUGUUUCUGCUGACCAAUACCGAGGCCAUCUUCGAGGAGCUUGAGUCUCACCAGGUGUCCCUGCAGAGCAUGGGAGCCUCCAGCGCAGCCGGCUCCUUCUCAGACGAGGUGCUGAAGUGGCAGAAGAGGCUGCAGACCAUCGAGGCAGUGAUGACCGUCUGGCUGGAGGUGCAGGAGAAGUGGGUGGAGCUGGAGGAGGUGUUCUCUGGAGCUGAUGUCAGAACCACCCUGUCCCAUGAUGCCAACAUGUUUGCUGCAGCCAACAGGGACUUCAGAAGGCUGAUGAGGGCCACAGAGAAGAACCCUAAUGUGCUGCAGUGUUGCUCCAGGAAAGGAAUCUUGAACUUCCUAGAGAAGAUGAACGGUACUCUGGAGCACUGCCGGAAGUCUCUGUUGCACCACCUGGAGAGGAAGAGACAGAAGUUCCCCAGGUUCUACUUCCUGUCAAUGGAGGACGUCCUGCAUGUCGUCUGUAAUGGUCAUAACCUGAAGGCAGUCAGCCCGUACCUGUGUAAGCUGUUCCCUGACAUGGGCAGUGUGAAGCACGAGGAGUGUGAGCCACUGUCCAACAACACCUUCCAGAUCACUGCUGUCCUCAGCACUGUGGGCGAGAAACUUCCUCUGCAACAGCCCAUGGAGUGUGAGGGUCCCAUCGAGAACUGGCUGCCCACCUUCCUUGCUGCCAUUAAGACAGCCCUGCAGGGCCAGCUGCACACGGCUCUGGGACACGAGCGGCCCCAGACCUCGGCACACAGGGAGAUCCACAGUGCCGGGGCCAGGAGGGUGCCUGUUCCUGACAAGAAAGAGGGCAGGAGAAGUAAGGCACGGAGCCGCACAAGCAGUCGAGCAGGCAGCCAGAUGAGCGUUGCAAAAGACGCCCAUGAAGAGGCAGAGAAGGCCCCCUCCUGGACCCUGGAUCACGUGACUGAGAUUGUCCAGCUGGCCACACACAUCCAGAUGACCGCACAAGUGGAAGGGUGUCUCAAGGCCGCGGAAGGGGGAGACAAGAAUGCAAUACAAGAACACCUGUCAAAGCUGUCCAACAUGCUGCAGGCCACGGCUGUGAUGCUGAAGGGGAUAGAUGAUGAGAAGGACAUGGGGUCCAAGAGGAGCAAGGUCCGCAAAACAGACAGCCAAGCCUCCCUACCCAGAGACAAGGAGCAGAUGGACAUGUACUCGCAGGGUUACUCCCUGUCCCACCGUGGCCGCAGCAUGCUGGGCUCCCUGGCCGGCUCCAUGUACCAGAUGGACAAGCUGGAGCAGGGCACCAUCGGUACCAUCGAGGAGAGGAACUCUAUAGGGGAUCCCGACAUGGAGCAGAGGGACACUGAUGCAUUGACAGAACCCAUGGAACCUCCCAUUGACACCAUGAAGACACUGGCCCCGCCCGUCAGCAAGCUGUCCAAGGGGUCCAGGAAGGAUGAGGAGGAGGAGGAGAAGCAGACAGAACCCUCGGAGAUGAAGCUGAUGCUCUUCCCAGCACAGAUUCAGAAGAUCAGCAACAUCAUUGCUUUACUGGCACAUUACAAGGAUGUGCUACAGAGAUUCUUGGAUGACCAGAGUGACUCGGUGGGAGUGGGAUCAAGCCUGGUCCACAGCUUCCACUGGAGGUCACAGAUCAAAUACAACUACCAGGAGGACCAGAAGUUUGUCUCUACUAAGGUGCUUGACAUGGAGUUUGACUAUGGGUUUGAGUACCAGGGCUCUGCCUCCCGCCUGGUCAUCACUCCACAGACGGAGCGUGUGUUUGUCAGUCUGACCCAGGCCAUCUCUGCAAACAUGGGGGCACUCUGCCAAGGACCACCGGGUCAUGGUAAACAGGAGACCCUGCGUGAGCUGAGCAUGUGUCUGGGCUGUCCACUCUACAAGUUCCACUGCACACACUCCAUGGACACAUACAUGCUGGGAGACAUCUUCAAGGGCCUGGCCACCACAGGCUGCUGGGUGGGGUUCCUGCACCUGGACAUCCUGCAGCCGUCCCUGCUGUCCGUCAUGGCACAGCUGCUGCGGGCUGUCCAGGAGGCGCAGCAGGCGGGGAAACCUGCAGUCAACCUGCAGGGCGAGGAGGUGACCCUACAGCUGGGAGGGGCUUGCUUUGCCACCAUCAGCAGCACAGUUGUGAUGGGCCACACCCAGAGUGAUGGACACCUGUCAUUCAAGUCAGCCGUGGCCUGUCUGCCGUCUGCCAUCCUGCAGCUGUUCCGGGUGGUGUCUGUAGUGAACGCUGACCUGGGACUGGCCAUGGAGGUCAUGCUGUGGAGUCAGGGGUUCCUCCAGGCUGCUGUCCUUGCCAAGAAGCUGAUCACCCUGCAUGACCUGUGCAAGAAGAUGUUGACUACAGUCACCUUCAUCUCAACAAAUACAAUUCUAGGAGAGGAGGGUGUGAGUGGGACUCAUGGCUUGAGUAUUCAGAACCUGAAGAACGUCAUCUCUGAUGCGGGGGUGACUCUGGACGCCAUGCUGUGUCAGUAUGCCACAGAGAAGGAGAUGGCAGCCAUGGCAGCAGAAAGUCCUGACUUGAAACAAAUGCCCUUGGUUAUGGACAUGGCUUCAAAAUGGCGUAAUAAAGUGCGCAGUGUUCCAGGCUAUGCGGGGAGUACCGUGGCUUCCAGUAAAGAUUCUCCCAACGUGUCUCCUGAACCGGCUGGAGACCAGACAGCUCAGGGUCAGGAGGGGGAGAAGGAUGCAGGCAAUGAAGCAGACAGCCUGCUGCCGGAUGCGGAGACGGUGGCGUCCAUGGAGCAGGAGUCCCUGGUCACUGCCAUCAGGAACACCUUCAUGCCCCGGCUCAACGGUCGCGACGCCAGCAUCUUCAUGACCCUCAUGGGUGACCUCUUUCCUGGGGUCAACGUUCCCAUGACCUUUGAAGGGGAACCAACAGACCAGAGAAGUGGUGCGAAGUUGAACACUCCCCUGGUGAAGGUGAAGAGAGAGGAGAAGGUGGAGCGCUUCGUUCCCACACCCACCAACGAGAAGCCGGGCCCUCUGGACGACAUGGCUGCUGCCAUCACCGUGGCAACCAACGAGCUGGGACUGAUGCCCGGGACGGCCUUCCAGGCGCGAGUGGCGCAGCUGGCACAGAUGGCUAACACACAUCCUGCUAUCAUCGUGACCGGCCCUGCCGGCUGUGGGAAGAGCAGCUGUCUGCAGACGUUCAUCACGGCCCAGAGACAGAUGGGGAAGACUGUGUCAGCACAGACUGUCUUCACCAGGGCCAUGGAGUCCGAGGAGCUCUUUGGGUUCAACGACCCAGUCACAAGAGAGUGGCACCAUGGCAUCCUGCCCUCCCUCCUGAGGAGGUACUGCAUGCUGCACUCCAGCGGAGACUUCCUCCGGAGCAAACCUGUCAUGAAGAUCCUACAGCUGGACGGAGAUGUGGAUCACAGUCAGAUAGAAAUGUUUGAUAGCCUACUCCAUCAUGAAGGCUACCUUGUUACUGGAAAUAAUGAGAGGAUGAAGAUUGCAGACUCACUCCGGAUCUUCUGGGAGAUGGAGACCCUGGCCCACGUGAGCCCGUCCAUGGUGAGCCGGCUGGCUGUCCUGAGUAUGGACAUGUCUGACGUGGGCUGGCAGCUGGUGCUGGCGCGCUGGCUGGACAGCAGGCCUGACAAGGAACAGGACAUGCUCAGGAGUCUGGCCGACAAAUACAUAGGACCGUGUCUGGAGUACUUGGCGGCAUGCACCUCCCCAGCCGCCAUGUUGGGCAGCCGUGAGUCAGCAGCCAGGCCCCGCAUGAGGAGGGUCGUACCUGUCACUGACGCUAACAUGGUGUCCACCUUCUGUGCAUUGCUGGAGGCCCUGCUGACCCAGCAGACAGAUGUGACAGAAGUGGAGAUGGAGAGGUUCUUCAACUUCGCUGCCAUCUGGGCGUUUGCCGGCACGCUGGAGGGAGACUAUCGCACAGCCUUCUCCCAGUGGUGGAGGCACCAGUUUGUGGCAGGCCCAGACGGCGUGGACUAUCCUGAGUCAGGAGAGGUCUGGGACUACUACGUUGACACAGAGAACAGGGAGUGGACCAACUGGCUGGACGCUGUUCCUGCCUACUCCCUGCCUCAUGGCCAGGGAAUCCCCUCAGAUGCCUACGUACACACUGUCACUGUGGAGCAACUGUCAUACCUGCUGGGGCUGCUGUUUGACUCCAACAAGCCGGUGAUGUUUGUGGGUGAGGCCGGCUGUGGGAAGACUGCCAUCAUGAAGGACAGGGUGCGCACCUUCUGUAUGGGGGAGAUGGCUGAGGCCAGGUCCAUCACUGUCAGGUCCAACAGGUUCACCACAGCUCGCUGGCUGUGGAAGACAAUAGAGGAGACCCUGGAGUGGAAACAUGGCCGCACGUACAUCCCCAAGGGCAACAAGAGACUCAUGGUGGUGGUGGACGAUAUGAACCUGGCCAGGGUUGAUGCACACCAGAGUCAGUCAGCCAAUGAGAUUAUCCGCCAGCACAUCGACUGUGGCGGUGUGUUUGACCCGGUGACCCAGCAGUGGCGACAGGUGAAGAACGUGACGUACGUCAGCACGGUCAACCCCAACACCACCGCGCCCGUGCCUAGCCUCAGCUCCAGGCUCCUCAGGCACUUUGCCAUCUUCAACUGCCCUUAUCCAAAGUCUAAUGAGCUGCACUACAUCUUCACCACCCUGCUGACCACUCACUUCACCUCAGCCAGCUCAGGCAACAUGAUGGCAGGCAGCUCCAUACAAGGGCUGGCCAGCUCACAGCAUGACAAGGGUGGUCAGGAGUCCCAUGGUGAGGAGCAUCUGAAGGACCUGCUGUCCACCCUGGUUACCGUUGCCCUGGAGACGCAGGACAAGAUGCGCUCCAUGUUCCUCAACACCUCGGAGAGGGUGCACUACAUCUUCACCAUCAGGGACCUGCUCAGGAUAUUCAAGAACCUGUGCCUCUCCCUGAAGCCCGGCUCCAAGCCGGAGGAUCUGCUGUACCUGUGGACCCACGAGUGUAACUGGGUUUAUGGACAUCGGAUGGUUAACGAGGUGGACGUGUCCAGAUACAAGCAGGCCUUCGUCACAGCUGCCAGAAAACACUUCACUAACGAGGAAGAGCUGAACCUGGUGAUCAACCCCAGACAGCCCAUCUUCAGCAGCAUCGAGGAGAACGAGAGCGGGCUGGUGCAGGCCGGGCCGCAGGUGGGGUCAGAGGUCGGGGCGGAGGAGAACACCACCGACAUGUUUGUGCCGUGCUUCGACGAGGAGGCCAUGAGAGACGUGAUGAAGGAGGGGCUGCGGGAGUACAACAAGAGCAACCCCAUCAUGAAACUGUCCUUCCAUAAUACCAUCAUGGAGAACAUUGCUCGCCUGUGUCGUGUGAUCAUCAGUCCCCAUGAGGUGUCCCACGCCAUGCUGUGUGGGGAGGGCUGUCCCGGGGUGGCCCCUCUCAUCGCCCGUCUGUCUGCCCACCUGUGUGGCUUCCAGCCCCUCAAGAUCAACCCGCUAACAACAGACUCUGGAGACGGAAACGGCCAGGACAAGCUGACUCUCUUCAAGUCUGAGCUGCUGGCAGCCUACACUAGAGCUGGAGCUAAGGGAGAGAAGCUGCUGUGUAUCCUGACGGAGGAUGAGCUGUUGGAGGAGGAGUUCCUGGUGCCGAUCACAGACUUUGUGGUGACGGGGGUGACGUCGCGACUCUUCACUCCCGAGGAGCAGACCGCCAUCGUAAACUCCAUCAGGACAGAAGUGACCCAGGCAGGCCUCACCUACACCAGGGAGAUCGCAUGGGACUUCUUCCUCAGAACUGCCACGAAGAACUUCCGGAUCUGCCUGAUCUUCCCGUCCAUGGGACCCGACUUCCAGCGCCGCUGCCGCUCGUUCCCCGCCCUGUUCAGCCGCAGCAACAUCCUGUUCCUGGGCCACUGGGAGAGGCAGCAGCUGGUGGAACACGCCUACUAUCAUCUGAAAGAUGCUGAGAAUUUCCCAGUAGUUCAGCGGGAGAACCUGGCCCACCUCCUCUCCUCCAUGCACAUAUCACUACGGCAACAGGACGGACAGGAGAUCAGCUGGGGAGAGUUUCGCCACAUCACCAAUGCCUCAUACGAGAAGUUUGUGGAACGGUUUGUGUCCAUGUCAGCCCAGAGGUUUGAGGAGGUCCAGUUCCUACAUGAGAGGAUGAAACAGAUCCUGGAGAGGAUCGAUGCAGAGAACAAGAAGGCCAUGCAGCUGAAGACACAGCUGGAACAUGAACGUGUCGUGCUACUGGAGAGGAAACAGGGCACCAUCCAGCUUCUGGCACAGAUAGGACAGGACACUGCCAUCACUGAGCAGCAGGUCCGCAUUGUCAGGAGACAGCUGCAGAAGAUAUACCAUCUGAAGAAGUCCCUGCCAGACUACCAGGUGGCCCAUGAGCGAGCUGUGUACAAGGCCAUUGCCAUUGUGGCAGACACUAAGAAGGUGGUGGAGGCCAUGAACAUGGACCACCUGGUGGCCCUGCGCUCCCUGCACCAGCCUGACCCAGUACUGGAGGACCUCAUGGCAGCCAUCAUCAUGCUAUUGAAAUCACCCAACUCUGAUUUAACCUGGAACAAGGGGGCCAAAAGGCAGAUGGCCAACCUGGAAAGGUUCCGUGAGGAACUGCUUGCUUUUGAUGAGAACCAGCUGCCAGAGGAGACCAUCGAGGUUGUGGAGCAGUACUUGAAGAAACCAGGAUUUACCCCUGAGACCAUGCAGGCUAAGGCAGACAACAAUGUGGCUGUGGCUGCACUGUGCAAAUGGGUCAAAGGUGUUGUCAGGUACAACCGGCUGAUGAUCUCCAAGGUGAAGCCCCUACACAACAAGGUGGAGCAGACAGCAGCUGCUGUGGAGAUGGCUGAGCACAGGAUGUCAACUCUGGAGACUAAGAGAAAGGCCCUGGAGACCAGGUUACAGGACCUGGCUAAGGGUUUUGAGGAGGCCACAAUUGACAAGAAGGAGCAGGAGGCUAAGACAGAGCUGAUGGACAGGAACCUGGACACAGCAGCCAGGUUCAGGAAGAUCCUUGCAAAGGAGCACGAGCACUUCGUACAGAUUUUCAACUCCCUGGCAAGGCGGGAGGUGGGCAUCGCUGGAGGCGUUGCCAUGGCAGCAGCGUUUGCCAUCUACCUGGGACCGUAUGAUCACGGGUUCCGCCGCAUGAUGGUGACCCUACACUGGCCCCACUGUCUGCAGGAGAGAGGCGUGCCGCUGGUCAUCGACUCCCUCGACCCCAUGAAGGGCCAUGUCAUUGACUGGGCUAUUGACACAGGCAGUCCCAUGAUCAGGGACUACUCCGAGAAUGGCUUCACCAUGGGAGAGUCAUCUAAAGCAGAGAGUGAACUCUUUGCUACAGCCCAGCAGGAGUUGAGCACAGCCAAAAGUAUGGAGAGAGAGCCACGUGGUGAGGGAGAUGGGGCAGAGGAGAAGGUGCAACUUGAGGAGACUGCUGGUCCUGACAAUGACAAGAGUGGUACAGAGGAGGAGACAGAGGUUCCUGCUACAGAGGCAGGUACUGAGCACCCCCAGACAGAGACAGGAGGCGAGGGGCAACAGGAGGCAGACAUGCAGUAUGAGAGUGAGCCAGCAGAGGGCAACGGUGGUGAGAACGAGAGUGAGGUCAGCAGCCAUGCCAGUGCAGAGGGUUUUGUAGGCUACACAGUGGAGAACAUGCCUGUCAUCAGCAAGCAGGAGUACAACAAGUACAUGGGAGCCCUGGUCAAGCUGCUGGUGGGAGGCAAGCAGUUACAGGAGUGGAACACCCAGGGCUUCAGUCCCCAUCAGAUAGAGAACAUGGCCGUCCUGGUGUCGUCCUGGAACCGCCCGCCCUUCCUCAUCGACCCCCACGGUGACGCCGUCAGGUGGCUGAAGAAGGUCAUGAAGAAGCAGGGCACAGAGCUGGUGUCUGUCGACAUGCAGAGGAGAAUGGACCCUGCAGUACUGGUGCAGAUAGAGAGAGCCCUGGUGACAGGCCUGUCCCUGCUGCUGCAGAAUUGUACAGAACACGUGGAGAGUAUGCUCACUCCUCUCAUCUACCUGCAGAACCACAUGGAUGUGGAGGAACCUGAGGAGCCCUACAUUAUCCAGUACUGUGGACGGAGGUUACAGAGCCCACCAUCCUUCCACCUGUACCUGUCCUCGCUGGUCACUCGACCACAGCUGGACGCUGAGAUAGCCUCCACCACUGCCCUCAUCAGCUACACAACGUCGUCAGAAACUCUGCAGGAGGACCUUCUGUCCCGCACCUUUGCCCGUGUGCGUCGUGACCUGUACCAGGAGCAGAAGCUGGCCCUGCUGGCCAUCCGGGAAUACCGGGUGGCGCUGAAGAGCCUGGCCAAGCGGCUGGCACAGCGGCUGCUGGAGGGGGAGUCAGAUGACAUCUGGGACAGCACCGAGUUUGUGACCAAAGUGGUGCAGCAGAAGCAACAGGUUUACCACAGGUUACAGCAGGCUGAGCAGGUGUUGGAGGACAUCCACGCCCUGCGGGAGGAGCUGGCUCCGGUGGCGGAGCGCGGCGCCCUGCUCUUCUCCCUCCUGCGCAGUCUGGAGAUGGUGCAGAGGGAGUACAAGUUCUCCAAGACAUUCUUCCUCAACCUGUUCGACAAGGCUGUGGGGGAGGACUUUGAGGAGGAGGAAGAGGAGGAGGAGAAGACACAAGGCAGUGCAAGCAAGGACACUUCUCCCAGACAAGACAAGGACAGCAGACAUGGAAGAUCUCCCAGAUCUUUCAGGGGAGAGGAAGGUGUGUCUAUAGCUGGUAGUAACAAACAGCAGGAGAACGAAGAGGGCGAAACAGAAACCUCAGCGGAAAGUUCCCGUCCCAAGAGUGAAGAGCUGGUCCUCCCCGACGCUCCGGACGUCCCGACGCAGGGCGUGUCGUUCGACAGCAUGUCGGUGAACCAGACCAAGAUGCUGGUGGACGGGCUGACCCAGCUGGUGUACGACAGCGUGAGCCAGUCGCUGUACCCGGAGCAUCGCCUGCUGUUCGCCACCAUGCUGUGUCUCCACAUGCAGCUGGAGGGGGAGGAGUUUGCCGAGGAGGAACUCAGUCUACUCCUGCAAGGAAACCCAGGCCUGGGUGGAGGCCUGCCCCUGUCCCUGGAGGACUUUGACUGUGAGGCCCCCAUGCCUGAGUGGAUCCCGCAGGACAAGUUUGAGGACCUGAUGGCCAUGUCGGUGCUGCCUGGCCCGCUGGACAGCCUGUGUAAGCACGUAGCCGAGGAUGCAGACGACUGGGAGAGGUGGUACCAGUCCCUGGCGCCAGAGGAGGAGAGGCUUCCUUACAGGCCACCAACAGAGGAGCAAGCUGAUGCAGGCACUGGCAGCCCAGACCUGGGCCCCAUGACAGACUUCCACCAGCUGCUCAUCAUGCGCUGUCUGCGCCCAGACAGACUUCCCUUCGCCAUGGCCAAGUAUGUGCAGAAGCACAUGCCCGGGGUGCUAGGCAACAAGGCCACGCCCAGCCUGGAGGCAAUUCUGGACACUGCCGGAGACUCACAUAUCGGUGUGCUUGUGUUGCUGUCACCCAGCCUAAACAGCUCCAGUCAACCCAACAUCGCAGCCAUUGACAUCAAGAAACAUCCUGUGGAGGUGCUGAAGAGUCUAGCAAAGGACCUCCCUGUUGAGCAUGUGGCUGUUGGUGAGGGUUGUGAGUCCCGUGUGGACGUGGCCAUUGACACAGCCCACAACAACGAGGGCUGGGUCAUCAUCGAGGACAUUCACCUGGCCUCUCCACAGUUCCUGCACGAGCUGAAGCUGCACCUGGCCAGGGUCAGCCACACAGCCACAGGUUUGAAGGACAGGUCAGCCCAGGAGGGAGGGAGGUCGUCAUUCCAGGUGUGGCUGACGUCGGAGCCCAGCACAACCCUCCCCGAGGACCUGCUGAACGUUCUCCACAAGGUGGCCUGGGACGUCAUCGGGCCGCACCUGCUGGGGGGACAAGAGGCACAGGGACCUGCUGCGCUGGCACAUGGGUCACCCCAGGGCAUGCUCAAGAAAGCCAUCGGUGCUGCCCUGAGCAGCGUACCUCCCCAGUCCUGGGACAAGCUGAGAGACAAGUCCAACAACAUCCGCAACAUGGUGUUUGGUCUGUGUGUGGUGCAAGGCGUGCUGCUGGCCCGGCAGCUGUACGGGACGCGUGGCCUCAGUCUGCAGUACCCGCUCAGCGGCGUCCAACUGCAGCAGGGGAUUGACAUCCUGGUGGGCAAGUCUCUGAACGAGGGAGGGGAGGAACCAACGGUGGACGAGGCGUGUAAAGCUCUGGCUGAGAUGGUGUACGGGAACAUCAUGGGAACAGACUGGGACUGUCAGUACACCUCCACCAUCCUGCACGAGAUCCUGUACCUCAUCACCAACCAAUCUGGGCGCCUCAUGCUGGGGAACGUGCCCAUCCCCACCCCCGCCGCCAACGUGGACCCUUCCGAGUACCCCCACUGGUUCGAGUCCUGUUUCAAGUCUGACCACAGCGCGACGGAAGCCCUGCUGCUGGACGAGAGCGUGGACAGGGACUGGAAUGAAGCCAGCUCCUCCGUGUACGUAGCCCACCUUGACCAGCUGCUGACCCACACCCAGUGCGGCCCGUACCCCAGCAAGUCCAUCGUGUCCAAAGAGGUUUCCCUGGACGUCCAGCGGCUGAGGUUUGCCAUUGACCUGUGUGUGGACAGCCUGCCUCCCCUGCUGGAGCUGGGCAGGCUCCCGUCCCAGGUGGACUCCAGCUCCUUCUCCUUCCAGUACCACCGGCCCUCCAUGGUCAGCGUGGCCACCGUGCCGCCCGAGGAGAUGCCAGAAUCUCUGGGCUUCAUCCUGCUACAGGAGUGCCACUGGUUGAACCUGCUGCUGUGCCACGUGCGCCAGUCGCUGCACAACCUGGACCAGUGCAUGCUGGGAGGCACCAACGCUAUCCCAGCAUCCCUGACCCAGCUGGCGGAGGCCCUGCAGUCGGAGGAGGUUCCCGUGUCGUGGACACACCCCCGCUGCCGCCCCUCCUCUCACACCAUCCUGUCCUGGCUAGAAGACCUCCAGGAGAGGUACAAGCAGUUGCAUGACUGGGUGAAGCGUGGGAUAGUGUCCCGGGAGCCGGACAGACCCACGUCCCAGCCGCAGCUGUCCCACGGCCAGCUGACCUCGGUCUGGCUGGGCGGGCUGGUCAACCCCGCGGCUCUCUUCACGGCCCUGCGGCAGGAGAAGGCAGUACAGCUGGAGGUCCCCGUCAGCAAGAUCACCCUGAGCUGUGAGGUUGUGAGGGAUGAUGCAGCAGUGGAGGAGGAGGAGGGAGGUCUGUACAUCCAGGGUCUGUACAUCCAGGGGGCAGCCUGGGACUGGCAGGCAGGCUGUCUCACAGAGGCAGAAAUGGGCCUGACGCCCCUGCCUGUUGUGUAUGUGAAGCCUGUGUUGACAUCUGAGAUGUCAGGGCCGGGAGGGGACGGUGGGGAGGACAUCACCCUCUAUAACUGUCCUGUCUUCAUGAACAAGGCCCGUCAGGUGUGCAGUCUGACCCUGCCGCUGAGGUGCCCCUCCCCAACAGAAAACUUUGUCAUGUCAGGAGCUGCUGUCAUACUGGAUGCUGGUUGCCUGUUGGAUGACCACAAGAAGGGCCGUACGUUUGCCAGCUUAAAGAAAGACCCCAUCCCGAUGUCAGCCAGGGACAUGGUCCCCAGCAUCCCUGCCUACUCCGCUCCGACCAGUGCCAUCCCCAAGCGCAGGGUGUCCCACGACCCACACGUCGUGCCCAUGGCCCGUAAGACGACAGGCGCCGAGCAGCAGGCUGUGGAGUCAGGCAUACAGAUGGGGAGACAGUCCCAGCAGUCCCAGCACUCUCAACGCUCCUACGUGUCGGCCACGUCGAAGCUGUCCGAGAGCGCCAAGCAGCCGAUAUCGAAGGACAACGUAGACGCCGGUAGCGGCCACCGCUCCCCGACCAUCGCUGCAGCCUCGGAGUCCACGGAACAGAACCAGCUGGCCCAGGACAGCGGCGUGGUGAGGGACGACCAGGCGGGGGAGGUGCCGCCCAGCACGGCGGAGGAGUACUACUCCUCGUCGGACGAGAAGCCAGGACCGGGACAGCAGGGCUUCGACCAGGGGUACAGCGCUGACGACAGCCAGUCCGAGUCCAGGAAGGAGAGCGACGCGACAGAAGCUGGGCCGGGGAGGGCGAGGGGUCUCACGAGCGACGACGACACACUCGGGUACACCACCGACCCGGGUCUGGACUCCAGGGGACGGACCCGCCACAAUCCCAGCCGAGUUACUGAUCAGAUCAUUCUGCAGUCAACAUUGUGUAGAUUUAGGUGUCUCAUCACAGUAUUUGUGUGUAAAAGAAAAAUUCAUAGAUGCCUAGCCUGGGUAGAUUGUAUUACUCUGGAUUCCUUUUUUACUGUGCAGUUUUGGGUGUAAGUUCAUUGUAUUGGGUGUCCAGACAUGUCCCAUUGCUCUUAUGUCACCCAUAUAUAUUGAGAAGUAUGUUUCUUUAGCAGUCAGAAAGGCUAUGUCUACAACAUGGUGUUUUGCAUUGGUGAAAAAGACAUACCUGUCAUACCUUUGAUAUAAAGAUGAUUAAAAGUUGAGCUUUAUUUUCUCCGUCAUGCUGCUAUAUUACACACCGUCCAGGGUACAACAUGUUGAUAUUCUUUCUUAAUCAAUAUUUGGAUUCUAGAUACCAGGGUAUAGUAAGGUGACACUUUUGCUAUCUCUAUUGUUGCAGAUCUUUACACGUUUUAGUGAUGUAUAUAAUUAUGUUAGCAUUGUUUUCUUUAGUGCAGCUUUUGGUCGGUUUACAAUUAUAACAACAUUUGAUAUACAAAAUGUACAUGCAACUACAUUAACCAAGUUGUUAGUUGAAAUUUCAGGCCUCUCCGUUUUUCAAAGAUUAUCUGAUAUCUGUGGGUUUGUACAUAUUCCCUAUUCUUGAUUCUUGUACAAAAUACAGUACAUAUGAUAUAUAUGUUGUGUAAUACUAUGUUUAUGUAUUGCUGCUAUUUUUAUAUGUGGUCUGAUGGUUUUCCCGUCCAGUUUGAGGUAAAGAGAAAUGAGAUUUGUUUUGAAAUAAACUUUCUAUCAGUG